AGACUACAAACAUUUUGAAUUCUCGAGAGUAUAAAACACAAGGCCUUGGUGAUAUUACAAUACUAAGACGUAUCUGGUAAUGUUAGGGUAUGUCUGCGUUGCCAAAAUAUAUAUACGUCAUGUAUAUAUUAAUAUAUUAUUAUAUCGUAUACCCGUUAAAAAAUCAGAGCACAUUCGGGCAAGCGCGAUCGAUGACUCGGUGUGCUGCGGUGGGUGAUGGUCACAAGAUAUCAUACGAUAUAAGGUCGUUUUGGCGGGGUUGGAAACGUGAUCGAUUCCCUCGAGUGUGUCAUUAUUCAAUUUUUUAUGAAAUAUUCGCAUAUUGUUUGAGUGUGUGUUUGUGUAUAAUAAUAUCGUCGUCGUUACUAUAACGCCACAAUCGUCACAACUUACGCGCAAGUGAAGUGACUAUGAGUGAGUGUGUAGUUGCGGUUGUGCGCGAGUGGCAAUGACUCGGCCGUGUCGACGGGCGGUGGAGGUGAUGGUGUGGGCGAAGUCGUCCUCGGCCAUCCGCAGUUAGGGCGCUAUCGCCGCCGCCUCCGCGAAAAAUCAGCAAAAGUAUAAUGUAAGCGCUCGCAUAAAAUCAUCGGCACGUGUACACCUACCUCCGACACGGUCGGUCGGACGAUAAUGAUAUUUAAUAUUAUAAUAAUACAGUUGUGCGUGGGCGGAGGCGGCGGCGUCGGAGGCGAAACGAAAACCGUUCGUGCCGAGGCAUGAUAUUUAUGAUAUACACGAUCGAUGGAGAGUACAAACCUCGGCGAAGACUGCAUCUCUGACAAUCCAAACGGCUUUCGUUGUACAAGCACCUGUGUAAAACGGUGGCGAGGACGACGAAAGGCACGACCACUGUAGACAAAGUAGAUCACCGUGAUCAUGGCGUCGUCGCCUUUGCGGGCUCCGGCGGCGGCUGGUCAACAGCAAUCGAGAUUGAUGGACAUGCAAAAAAAGUUCCAGCAGAGGCAUUUAGCCACCGUGGCGGCUGUCAAAAGCACCGUCGGUGGGUCUACGACGUCGUCAACCACCUCAUCGACCAAGACCACCGGAAGCGGUGAUCUUCCGGUGCCACCAGUUCGGCGGAUUGUCGGCGCCAUCGCCCCUGUGCAACCGCAGCCGCAGCAGCGCAGGCCAGUUGGAUCCGGAAGUGGCGGAGAUUCUGUCUUACAGGUUGACGUAAAGGGAAAGGUACGACAGCUGUUUGCCGAGCGGAGCCAACAACUGCAGGGCCCGGGCUACCAGCACCACCAGCAACAGCGACGGCAGCGGCGCCGGAGUCUGACCGGUCGCGACCGGUCGCGGCCCCUGAGACCGCUGUCCGGCGCCGACGACGAUCCGCUGUGCAAGACCGUCUGCUUUACCGCUGGCGGUGGCGCCGACUUGGUGGGCAUCAGCGCCGCGGACGGCGGCGACGUGCGCAGCGAACUUCUCGCGCUGUUCGGCAGGCUGCCCAACCUGGGCGGACAGCUGCUGUCGGAAUCGUUCCGCGGGGGAGCCGGCAAAAUGAAGACCGCCCAGUCGGCGCCCGAGCUCAAGUGGUUGCUGGACGGCAGCAACGGACCCGGCAGGGCGGGAGGGGCACAACGGCCACCGCAGCCACCAGCGGCCGGGCCGGAUAAAGGCGGCGGUAUUCCGAAACGGGCGGCGGCAGGACGUGCAGGUGACGCCGGUGAUUACGGUGAUGGUAAUGGUGACGGCAGCGCUGACGACGACGGCGAUGGCGACAACGAUCAACGGCAACAGCAACAGUUGCAGCGACCGGCGGCACGAAUAAACAGCAAAACCGCGACGGUCGUGAAAAAACCACUGGCCACAGUCAACGGUAACGUUGGCGGCGGUGGUGGUGGUGGCGGCGGUGGUGGCGUGGGUCGCGUUGCUAAAAAGGCCACAUCAAAUGACUCCAACAGGUUGCUAUUGCCGCCAGUCGUGCAGCCGACGGUGAUAAACGCACUAGCGGCGGGCGCUGGUGCAGCCGCGGCGGUGGCCAGCGUGACCGCGGCCAGGGAGGCUGGCAUCCAGAAACCUUUGGUCAGGGCGGCCAAGCUUCCGCAAAAGCCAGCUGCCGCGAGGCGCGUAUCACCACUUCCGGCCAAGGCCGCUCCCAGGCCACCGGUCGUUAAGCGCGCCACGCCGACUACGCCGACCACGGGGUCACCACGACCACAGCCCCUGAAACAGCAACUGUCCGCGGACAGAGGCCCGCCAGCCAAGGGCAUGGCCCGCUGCCCAUUGUGCGCCAGGGACUUUGCUGCCGACAGGCUGCCCAAGCACGAGCAGGUGUGCCGCCGCACGCGUGACCGCGACCGCAAGCGCAAAGUGUUCGACACGAGCAAAAAGAGGCUGGAAGCCGUGGCCGCUGAGGCCGGUGUGGACGUUACAUCGUUCAAGAAAAAGAGCCAAAAGGAGGACCAGCGGGUCGCCGAGAAGCUUCAGAAGAAAAAGGACGCGUGGCGCAGGAAGCAUGACCAGCUGUUGCGCAACGUGCGGGCCGCAAGGGCAGUGCAAAGACAUCUGGCUGCGGGCGGCACGGUGAAGGACUUGCCGCCGGAGCUGGAGAACGCGACGGCGGACCAGGAUGACGAGAUUGACUCGGACCUGGUUAAGUGCCCGCACUGUGGCCGGACGUUCAACGAGGCGUCCGCGGAGAGGCAUAUGCCUUUGUGCGCGGACCGGCAGCGGAACGCGGCCGCCCGGAUGCAGAACAACAAGAAACGGUGAACCUCGCCGUUUCCACAAUCGCCACCACCGCAACAACAACAUUUCUACUAAACAACAAUAUUACCGAUAAGAACGGCUGUGAUGAACUCAACCGCUCUACCUAUUGUUGCAGUAUGAUCAUUUCCAUCCAACUUGAAUCUACCUAUAGUCUAUAGACUCAAUAGUAUUAAGUAAAAAUAUCAUAGCGUUUCAUGUUUUAUGAUUUUACAGUAUAUAAGUUGUCUAGAAAUCGAAUUAUUAUAUUAUACGUACAAACAGUUCAAAACGUUUUAACUCAUCUGUGCAAUGACUAAGAGUUAAAAUAAUGUACCGAGUCUGAGUGUACCGCGAGCUGUGAAGAUUAUAAUAACAUAUCAUACACAUUUACUAUAUGUAAUCUCAAUAGAAACUGUCUUUUUGAGUCUUGACAGACCCUGUGUAUUGUAAAAUAUUGCCCACGAUAGUAGUAUUUAAAAAUUAUGUAUUAUUGAUUUUUUAU